GCAAUAAUGUUAGACUAUUAUUUAUCUUUUAGAAGUGUGACUCAUCUAAGUGUUAGAAGACAUCAAAGGGUACAUGACCAAUUGAUCUAUGGUAGAUUUUACAACUUAAUAACAGUAGUAAUAAAAUUUUAUGACAAAAAAAUAUACUUAUAAAUAGUAGUACGUACUUUCGAUAAGAAUUUUGUAUUACCUACUUGUCAUCGACUAUGUUAUCCUCAAUUUUGGCAGUAUUGCUUCUUGUGAAUUAUYGUUUCACAGACGAUGCACCAAUUAUCAAAUUGCCAACUGGACUUAUUAAAGGUCGGAUAGGAAAAACAAUAUCCAAACGGCCUUAUUGGGCAUACCAAAAAAUACCCUUUGCUACUCCUCCCCUCGGAGAUUUGCGAUUUGCACCACCUGUUCCUCCCAAAAAGUGGGAGGGGGUUUUAGAAACCACCAAAUAUGAUGUCAUUUGUUACCAAGUGACAAGUGAUUCAGAUUUUGAAUCGGAAGAUUGUCUUUAUUUGAAUGUGUACACUCCAAGAGAUCCAUCAUCAAAUGUAACAAAUCAAGCACUUCCAGUGAUGUUCUAUAUUUACGGUGGAGGUUUUAUUGAAGGAUACUGCUUCGAUAAUGUUUAUGGUCCUGAAUAUUUACUAGAUCGAGGUGUAAUAGUCAUUUGUGCAAACUACAGAGUUGGACCUUUUGGCUUUCUUUCCACACAAGACAUGACAGUUCCAGGAAAUAAUGGCCUCAAAGACCAACUUUUAGCCUUGCAGUGGACCCACGACAAUAUUCAUCUUUUCGGUGGUGACCCAAAGAAAAUAACGCUUUUUGGUCAAAGUGCCGGAUCUGCAUCUGUCGCGUUUCACCUUUUACACACACAGUCUGAAGGUUUAUUCCGGGGCAUUAUUUGCGAAAGUGGUUCUUUCUUGAGUCCUUGGGCUUACCAAAGAAGUGCUAGAGACUAUGCUUUCACCACAGCUGGUUUAUUAGAUGAAGAUGUUGGUAAAUCGAACGAUUCUCAAACUUUGCUGCAAUUUUUGCGGAGUGUUAGCGCCCAGGAUCUGGACAAGGCGUCAUACACACUUAGUUUAACAGAAGCUCACAAAAACAGACAAAUUCUUCAAGGAUUUUUUUUCGCACCUGUUGUAGAACCAAAUCACGAUYYAGCUUUCCUUACCCAAAAAAUGUACGUUCAAUUGAAAAAAGGUGAUUUUAUUAAGGUUCCAACUUUGAUGGGUUUCAAUUCAGAAGAAAAUAUUUUUCAUACUUAUUUGAAAGAGUGGUUCAAGCACGCUUUAGAUACUUACGAUAACAAUAUAGACUGGUUGGUGCCUAAUGAUAUGAGAAUCGAUGAUUUAGAAAAACGAAAACAGAUGGGAAUCAAGAUCAGAGAUAUUUACACUAAGGGAAAUAAUUUAGUUGAAAUCGGGCCUUCAUCAGUCAMAUAUUACAGUGAUACUUCUUAUACUAGACCAAUCAGAAAACAUGCUGAAAUUCAGUCGCAAUUCAGCGAUGUUUAUUUUUAUCAAUUCUCCUAUGAUGGAAAAUUAGGGAACUGGUCAUUUACAGUGGAAGGCGCUCAAAAUGUCUCACAUGGUGAGGAAAAUUAUUACAUUUGGCGAAAAUAUGACGAUUAUUACGACAAUUCCGAUUUAUGCCGUUUUCCAGUGUCUGACCGGACGACACAGUAUCGUAUUCAAAAAAUAUGGACUAAUUUUGCAAAAUAUUUAAAUCCUACACCUAAAAAAAUUAAGCUUUUACAGAAUAUAACAUGGCCAAAAUUUGACUCGAAGGCACAAUAUGUGGAUAUUUUGAAAAAUUUAGAAAUCAAGAGUGAGCCCAAAAAAGAGACUUAUGACCAAUGGAUUAAAUUAUAUAAUAGCCUGGGAUACGACGAUUUUGAUACUUACUGAGAUAACAAAAUUUUUAAUGUCUGCAGAAUUAAAUAUCUUUUAUCUCAGUUUUUAAAAUAUUCUGUUUUAAUUUUACUUCCAAAUAUGUAAAGAGAAAGAA